AUGCUGGCGCUUCGAGCCGUCUUCCUCUUUGGACUGAAGAGCAUCCAUGCCUCCAUCCUUUCAGUGACCGAGCGAAUCACUCUUGGAGAGUGCCUGGACAGUGCCGCAGUCACAAGUGGCGAUGUGCUCUUUCCGGAGGUCUCCCGCGUUGGCGUUGUACCCUCUGCCGUGGUAACACAAGCAGAAUCCGACAUCCAGGCUGCUGCUUUCAUGUCCAUCAGCUACGGCCAGAGCUUCAAGAUUGUAACAGAGCGAUUCUCCAAGGAGCAGUAUGUGCUCACUCAUUGCGGAAUGAGUCAGCCAAGCACGGCGGAAUUGGAUGCGCUCGUACCGUUGGAAGCAGGCUACCAGCGCAAGUUCCUCACAAUCCCGCUGCAGCGGGUCAUCGCCGGCGGGACUACUGUACUGGGCUUCCUGCGCCGUCUUGGAGUUCAAGACCGUGUAAGCCAUAUUGACCAGUCAGCAACAGGACCCUGCUGGCAGAAGGCUCUUUCCUGCAACGCCUCGUUUGAGUCCAGCUGGGGCGGCAAUGCGACGCUCCGCACUUUGCAGAUGGAGACUGCAGAUGCCGUCUUCAUGGACUGCUCUGGUGACUGCGCAGCUCUUCGUGCCCAGCAAAACGCAGUUCAUUUCCCGGCCACCAAGGACAACGGCAAUCUACACACCGCAGAGUACAUCAAGUUCAUCGCCGCCUUCUUCAAUCUGGAGGCGGCUGCCAACCAGUUCUUUGAUGCCACCGUGGCUGCCUACACCGCCAAUGCUGGCCAAAGCAACGGUCCGAAGGUUGCUUGGAUUGAAUACAAUACGUGGGGUGCCCUCCCCUCCUAUCGGGUGAGCAUGGCGACGUACAGAGCGCAGAUGGUCGACGGAGCAGGAGGCCGCAUGGUGAAUGCCAGCGACCUGCUUGCACAGGGCAUGGCCGUCAGAGACAUCGUGGCUAGCAACCCGGCUGCGGGUAAGGUGUACAUCCUCGAAAUCAACGCAUCUGAAACCACCGCGGCUACUGUGGCACAGACGCUGAUGAACGCGCUGAGCGACGUGGACAUCGUGGUUGAUGAGACGUAUGCGCCAACUCCCAGGACGUACACCUUCACCAGCUUCCUCACUGGGUUCCACCUCACAGAAUCGAGCAACCUGAAGUUCGUGAAGGACAGGAUGGUUUUGCGCUGGGAUGGCACUCUGAGCGAAUCGGACGGUUUGGAUUGGUUCGAAUCGCGAGUUUCUUCACCCGACUGGGCUGUUGAGGGCCUGGCUCGGUAUGUGAAGAAUGAUACAUCGAAGCAGCAGAAGUACUUUCGCAACAUUGCCACUGGUGAGAUGCCAGUGGUCAUCCUUGCAUCCCAGUGCACUGACACCCUCCCGGCAUGCGAUGCAACUGCCAAUGAAGCUCCGAUUGUGUCGCCUAGGCAAGAAGCGGGGCUCUCAGGAGCUCAAGGUCAAGGCUUCCCCAUCCUUGCCGCGAUUGCAUCUUUGGCACUCUGGCUGUGCUGA